AUGCAAUACAUUCACGACACCACGAAUGGUGUCAUACAUGGGAUUUGGUAUUCCCGAUACCACAUCAUACAUUCUUUUAUCAUCAUUCCGGUCGGGUUUUUGGUCCUUCUUUCAAUAUUGUAUGGCUUCAAUGUUUUACUUCGUGACAUUGCGCAGAUCAAGUUUCCAAGCUCUGUCUUGUGCAUGCUUAUCAACUUGUUUAUCUUAGUCUCAUUGAAAACAAUUUCAAAUCUUCAAGCCGCAGAAGCUGUAUCUGAACGAACUUGGAAGGGCAAGGUAGGUUACUCAGCUUCUUGGGUCUUGGAACAUUACCUAAUGAUAAUCAGACCGCCCAUGAACUUCUCGCUCAAAUGGAUAAACGUCUUCUUCAUACCAUCUUUCGUGAUUCUUCCUUUGAGUGAAUCAAUAUCUUUUAUUGAAUGCUUGAAAAUUGGUGCUAUAUUCGUGGUAGGCGGUAUUACAUUGAUGAUGGUUGACAUCUACAUGAUUCUUUGCUUGAGAAAAGUAUUUCAAUUCAUAAGGAUUUUACCUUACUGUGAUUCAGAAAAGCUGCCUUCAGAGGCUUAUCUGAAGAACAAAGAAUGUGAGAAAGAGACCCAAAGUGAGGUGAUGAAACCUAUUAAAAUAAGCCAAUCAUAUAUCUUAGCUCCCAAAGAUAUAACGACCAUUGACAUAAGCUCUCUUAGGUCUAUCAAAACUUAUCCAGAAUACGAUAAUAGACAAACUUCGUUUCUCAGUGGCCAAAACAAUGAGUGUAAGAAUUUGCAAAUUUUUGCGACUUCAACCGCUGGAAUAGAAUUAUCCACUGUAUCAGAAGUUUCUUUCGAGCAAGAGAGCUCUCAAGAAAAACCUCAUUCAAAAUGUGAUCCCCCCUAUUUUGACACAAGUAUCACAAAUGAACAUUCAACAACAACUAAAACAGUCGCCAAUUUCAUCACUUCUUAUAUUGAUUGGAUCCUCUACCUUGCAUUGUUCCUAUUAUCCCUACCCUUUUACUAUAUCAGCACUAUUCAUGUGAUGUUACCUUUCCAUUUGGGAUUAACGGUUAUUUCAUACUAUAUUGCCAUUCAAAUCUUGGACAAGUUUCCAAAGGCCAAAAGGUUUGCUCACCCAAUCUUAAUUCUGACGGCAGAAGUUUUGUUUGUAUGCUUUAUAUCCUCCUUGAUUUACCAUAGUGGGUCUCCAAAAGGCUUUCUUGAUGAUUUGAAGUAUUACAAAACUGGCAAAAACUACUUAAAUUUAUUUAAUGGUAAAGCAAUGUAUAACAGCGGUGAAUUUGUGCCCCAAGGAGAGGGCAUAACCUCACAGCCAAUGUGGCCUGGUUGUGGUGAUUUCUUAUCUUCGUUGAUGGAUGUCUCCAUUGUAUCGUUGUCACUACCAAUGUUUACACACCGUGGAGACUUCGUGAAAAACUUCUGGGUUUUGCUCCCGCCGCUUCUAUCAUCGGUAAGCUUGACUUUCUUUUGUUACCCAUUAAUUUGCUACAAAGUUGGCAUAAGCUCGGAAAGAUCAAUAGGCUUCAUCGGGCGCCUGGUAACUCUCGCCUUAGGGACUCCGCUUAUUGAUUCAUUAGGUGGCUCUAUAUCGCUCAUGGCAGUGUGCACAAUUUUGAGUGGAAUAUGCGGUGUCUUAAUCGGUGAUCCUUUAUUUAAAGUAUUGAGGAUCUCAGCCAACGACUAUGUCACCAGAGGCGUAACUCUCGGGAUAAAUUGUGGGGCAAUCGCGACGGCUCAUUUAUUAAAUCUGGACCCAAGAGCAGCUGCCAUGAGCUCUCUAAGUUUCAGUUUAUUUGGUACUAUCAUGAUUGUUUUGGCGAGCAUCAGUACAAUAAGGGAUUUGAUUCAAAGGUGGGUUGAUCUUUAG